AAUUACGGAAAAAUUAAUCUUGUAAAAAUUUUAAAUUUAAAAACUAUGUUUAAAUUACUUAUAUAUUCUACAAUAUUAUAAGAAAUACUGAUAUAUCAAUAGUUAUUUUAAUUACAAACUUGUUUUUAAUCAUACAUUUACUUGUGUAAUAAUUAUAUUUAUUAUAUCAGUGAUUGAGUAGCUCUAAAAUAGUUAUCAGAUAUUUCUAGGUUUUAUAUAUAUACAUAUAUAUAUAUAUAUAUGUUCAACUGUACGCUGUAACUGGAAAGAAAAUAUGGACACUGUUGUCAAAGGUAUGCUGGAUGAUGAUCCUGAGGAUAAAAAGGGUAUAGUGCUUUUUGGUAGAGAUUUAUCACAAAUACCAUGUUUCCGUGAGAGCUUCCUGUAUGGAAUAGCAACAGGAGCCGGUGUAGGCUUGGGAGCCUUUAUCAAAACAUCUAAACCUAUGUUAGCACAACACAUUGGUUUUGGUACAUUCUGCAUGACUACAUUGGUUUAUUGGUCAUUUUGUAGAUAUCAAUGGUCUAAACAGAGGUUUGAUGCACAGUUACUUCAGGAUGCUUUAAAAGAUAAGAUACUUUAUGAAGGUACUGUAGUUGAGAAGGAAUUAGAACAGAAAGGUGUUUUGAAAUCUGCAUAACUACUUGUAAGGAAAUCUACAGGAGUGGCAUCAUAUGAUACAUGAGUUCUGCAUCAAAUGGGGUAACACAUUAUCAGUCAUACAAAAAUCAAAUUUUACCAGAGUUA